AAUCUGCAGAGAUCGAUUACUGAGCUUGCCCUAUUUUUAUUUAUAAUUCAAAUUUCUCGGCUGUAUAUCUAGCAAAUCAUUCAUUUGCACAGCUUUAUGUUUGUCAUGUCUUCUAUAAUGCAGAAAUGUAACGACGACAAUAUUCCUUUGGCAGAUGACGACCCGCAGGUUAUAAUUACUGAUGAUGUGGAAAAUAAUCGUUUGGAUCACGGUCGUUCCAUGGACUCAUUGCCGAGUUCGUAUACUGGGGGAUCAUCGAGUCCUGGACUAAAUGGGCCGCCUAGCUUUGAACCUGACUCGGGUAUCGACGAGCAGGAAGAAAAGGCACGCCUCAUAUCACAAGUACUAGAAUUACAGAACACUCUAGAUGAUUUGUCCCAAAGAGUUGACUCAGUUAAGGAAGAAAACUUAAAGUUACGUUCAGAAAAUCAAGUGCUUGGUCAGUACAUUGACAACCUCAUGUCAGCAUCUUCAGUGUUCCAGUCUACCUCUCCUAAUGCUAAGAAGUAGAUUAAGUACAAGCACUGUUUGUCUUGAAUACUUUAAGUUUUAAUGUUGACAUUUAUCUUGACAAUUGGUGUAAAUUUUGUCAGACAUAUAUCAGUUUCAAUGAUAGAACAAGUAAAGUUAGACUAUAAAUAUAUAUAAACCAAUUUUUCCAUCCUCUAAGCAAAUAAAUUACAUGCACUGACAAAGAUGUUGACAGCUCAGUGAUAGAUUCAGUAAGUUAUUUAGGUAUGAUCACAACAGCAGUUUGACGAAGGGGUUCUUAAAUAAAUAAAUAUGUAGCUGCUGCCUAAACAUGGGCAUUCUCAGUCAGUAUUAACUGACAACAUACAUUGAAACUGACGAUGGCCCAAGCCUAGUGGCCGCCAUUAACGAAAUAAUGACAAUAAGAUUCAGACAAACUUAUACAAUUAAAUUGUAAUUUCACAAAACAAUUUUUUUUAACUUAGUGUAGAACUAAUCAAAAUGGAAGCUCGGAAUGUUUGUUGUCGUUAUUGUGCUAGUUUUUAUCAUGUGAAAAAAAUAUUGUUUAUUAAUUUAUAACUAUGUGAUCAACAUUGAAACUUAAAGUACCUACACUAUGCAGGUUGUUAGCUGUAAUGCGAGAUGUAUGCAGUGAAGACAAAUUAUUUAAAUCCAUAGAGAUUACAUCUCUGAAAUCAAAUGCUAUGGUAUGGUAUGCUCUUAUGAUAGUCUGGAUUAAAAUUGUCUGUCUUAACUGAAGUGUCACACAUCUUAAUUCAGCAUUUAUAAAUCCUGAUUAGAUACAUCUAAUUUCCUGCCAACCAACCUGCACAUUAACAACAUCAUGCUAAAUAUUUAAGAGGCUUUAACUACUUCAAAGCAAUGCAUUUGUAAUUAAUUUUAAAGUCCUGUAUUUGUACCUAAAAAUAAAAUUAAUAAAAGUAUUAGCUAUGUGAACUGUACAUUUUACAUUUAUAAUGAAAAGAAAAUUAUGUUUUGGUGAAAAUUAUAUUUAAUUAACAUGCAAGUUGUAUUAAGGUAUGAAUGAUCCUGAGAAUGGAAUUUAUUGUGUAACCUUGUGAUACUUUACAGGGGUGUAUAAUACUAGAACAUUCCCUGUACAAGUGUUAUAGCUGCACAUCUUCGUAAACAUGACAUGAAACUUCUUCCUUCCUCACUAACCUUAGAACAGCAGCUGUACUUUUUUUACCUAAGGAUUUAACAAGGAAAUAUAAUUUUUAAAAUUUUUUUAGCAGAAACUGCAUCUAUUUGCUGGUUCCAGUUGUCAAAGGAGAAUAAAAUGUGUUUUGUACGGAUUUAUGAAUUAGUUGACAUAGGGAACUAAUUUUAUUUUGUCUGUUGUAAAUCUAAAUGUAUAAAUGAAAACAAGCAAUACACAAUUCACAUUCCAUUAAUGACCAAUUUCAUGCUCUCUUAAUAAUCUCAAAUAUCUCAUUUUCAUUACAUGCUUCU